CACAGACGUUUUGAACAGACCGGCGACUGAGAGGACGACCUGUUGAAGAUUUCAUAGCAAAACAGUUUCUGACAUGCACUUUGAUAAAUCACCAAAAGAGAAGCCGUGUUGCACUCUGCCCACAGUGAAGAAACUCUUGGAGCAGAAAAGAAGGCGUGAGACAUCGUCUGUGCAACCUUCCUGCUCCACAGCCAGUACAAGUCCUGCCCCUCCCACUACUGUUACACAAUUGUCCUCAGCAGAACCAUUUACCUGUACAGGGGCAUCAAGCAGCUACUCAGACAUGGCAGUGAGCUUUGAGCAGUGGCCCCAAGCACCAGAGUCCGCACUUAGUUACUACACCAACCAUCCAGGAUCCAGCUACGCAGCCUACAGCCACCCAAUGACACCUGAUUACAGCACACAGCAGCAGGUCCCAACAUUUGGAGACACAAUAUCUCAGCCAUAUCAGGAGUGCCCGAUGACAGUUGCAGACCCCAACAUGGCACCGUCUUGGUCACUUCUGGCUCCUGGUCAGGCCACACAGCUGAGUUUUGGUUCCUCGAUGGACGCCACCAAGCUGGAGGAGGCCAGGAUGCUGCUCAGCGGGAUGGACUACAGCAGGGCCACUGGGCAGGAUGAAGAUGGAGACACCAUCCUGCACAUCUACACUGCCAAGGGGCUCAGGGAGUGUGCCUUUGCUGCUGCAGAGAGGCUGAGGGAUGUUGGCAGGCUUGAUGCCAAAGAACACAAGGGAAAGACUGCUUUACUGGUGGCGGUGACAGCAAACCAGCCGGAGAUUGUGCAAGAUCUGCUUUCGUUUGGAGCUGACAUCAAUGCCUGUGAUGUUAAGGGACAAACUGCCCUUCAUCUGGCUGCUCACUAUGGCUUGCCAGGGGUUCUGCAGGCAAUUCUGUCGAACAGGCCGGCUGUCAACCUAGAAGCCCGCAAUUUCGAGGGAAUGACUCCUCUGCACUGUGCAGCCAUUUCUCACAGUGUCACCAUGAAGGCGCUGUCUAGCAGCGGGCUGGCAGAUGUCAAUCUCCAGACCAAAGCAACAGAGAAGCUCUCCUGUGUGCAGAUGCUUCUCAACACAGGGGCAUCCCUUCUCAGCCAGGAAAUCAAAAGUAACAAGACUGUGCUGCACUUGGCUGUGAAAGAGGGUAACAUUGAGCUGGUGACCUAUCUGUUGAGGAUUCCCCUGCCAAACAUGAAAGACUUUGUCAACUUGAAAGCGCAUGGUCACACAGCUUUACACAUGGCAGCUGGUCUCCAUGGUAACCCCCACCAGGAGGAGAUCCUGCAGUUGCUGCUGCGCAGAGGCGCUGAUCCCAGCAUCCGCAACCUGGAAAACGACCAACCCGCUCACCUGCUGCAGAGCGGCCUCCAGGGAGAGCAGCUCAAGCUCAUGCUGAAGAAAAGGAGUGCUUCCUCUCGUCGACGUAUCGUGUCCUUGCAGGACCAGGAGUAAUUUGUAAAUCCCCACUUGUAAUCCCCAUUUGGAGGGAAUGAGUCUUUAAGAUGUUGCCUCUGUUAAGAAGGGGAUUUAUGGUUUAUUGUUAUGUUGCUUUGGGAGUCUCUGGCCUAUAUAUUGUUAACAAACUACUUUGGGUUAUUAAUCUCUAGAUAUAAUUCACAUUGGAUUAGACAAAUGA